AUGCAGUCUGCGCCAGAUGCGACUGAAGCCUCGAUCCAAAAUGAUCGGCCAGGCACCCCACCCCGCCCACCUUAUUCCCCGGUGACCCCAGUGUUCGCACACCUUGACCUGGUCGCCUCUGCCAACGCCACGAUAGUACCGCCCCCUCUGUCGCCCUCACCUACAUCGCAUGCUCUCCCAGACCCUCUCUUGAGUUACCGACCGCCCGCGCCUCCCGCAGCGCCGCCCGUCUUCAAACCGGAACCACCGCCAGUGCCGAUCUCCGAGAGCGAGAAUCCAGAUGCCAUCGCCCUGCGGUCUGCGAUCUCUAUCCUACAAAUGCAGAAGCAGCAAACGCUGCGCGAUAUUCGCAGUUUAGAUCGUUUGAAAGAGGCUGCAGCAGCAGACCCAGAGGGCUUUGCGCACGAUUUGGCGACAGGACGUUUGCGCACCGAGGAUCGCGGGGCGGUGAUUCAGUUCUCGGACGACGAUGUCAUGGACACGGAAGAAGACCAAACAGAGGGCGAUAAGAAGUCAAAACCAGACGGCACAUCCACAUCAAAGUUUGGCCGCUUACCACCGCCACAGAACGUGGUGCGAACGCCGCCGAUUAACUGGGCCAAGUACCAAGUCUUAGGCGACUCACUGGAUCGCAUGCAUGAAGAGCAGUUACGACGGCCUACUCCCGGUGAACCCAGGCGAGAACCUGCUCCGGAGUACAUGUUUGCCUCACCUUAUCGUCCACUUGUUGAUCAGUUGGACACACCCGCACGGCUGGCCCGGCCAAGCAAGACCAAAAAGCCAUGA